AUCAUAGCAACGCCGAUUUCUCACAAAAUGGCGGCAAAAUCAGACUGAUUUCGAAACUAGGGUUUUUCAAAUCACCAAAUUCCAUUCAUUCACUACUCCAAAUCAAGCUUCUUCCAACUCCAAUCUUCACCCCAAUCUAUAAUCGCCUGCUAAUUUUCAACCUAGGGUUCUAAUUUCAUCAAAACUGCCACAAAUGACGGUAGACUCGAUAUCAUCUGUGUGCAAUUUGGGGGCUUUAGAUUCUCUCUCGGAAGCUUCGAUCAAUGAGAUACUAGAAAGCUGGAACAGCUUCUGUUUGAUUACAGAAACGAUUGUCAAAGGUGAUGAUGCUAAGUUGAAAACUUCUUAUUUGAAGUUUCAAGAUGAUGUUUGUAGUCUUUGCAAGUAUGGUCUUCGAUCUUUAGUUGAAGAACACUUUCUUCUGUCUCUACAGGACAUGUUAGAGAAACACGGUGCACCAAAGUUUUGGAAGAAUUUCGAUGCGUAUAACAAUGUCCCAGACCCUGAAGUUGACGACAAAAAUAUGCAAGAGGAUGAGGUCGAGUUACUACUGUGUAAAGCAUUGGAAGAAAUAUCAUCGGAAAAACAAUAUCAAGAGAAGUGUUUAUUGACGUUAGUUAACGCUUUACAGCUAUGCGAAGCGAGUGACACAUCAACUGAAGGGCAUGCGGUAGACACGGAAAAAAUCUUCGUUUCUAAAUAUCGGCUAAUUGUCUCUUCCGUUCUCAUGACCACCAUGCCACGACAUUUUACCGAGAUACUCCACUGGUACUUCAAAGGAAGAUUAGAGGAGUUGAGUACAAUCAUGGCAGGAGAUUACGAAGACGAUAAUGAAUCACAAGACGAUAAUCAUCCGAGAAACAUGGAUAUUGACGGAACCUAUGAUCAGAAGAAAAUUAUGGAGAACAAGUUAGUGAGGAACAUAGGAAUGGUUGUUCAUAAUCUCCGAAAUCUUGGAUUUACAUCUAUGACCGAAGAUGCAUAUGCGUCCGCAAUAUUCUUGCUUUUAAAGGCUAAAGUUUUUGAUCUAGCUGGUGAUGAUUACAGGACGUCUGUUUUGGAGUCUAUCAAGGAAUGGAUACAGGCUGUACCUCUACAGUUUUUACGAGCACUUCUUGAUUAUCUCGGUGAUUCAAUGAGCUAUCUUAGCCCUAAAAGUACUAAAUCACCAUUAGCAUCAACCCCGUCAUCAUGCUAUCAAAAAUCUGGUAAACCCUCUGAAGGAAUUGUUAGAUGGCAGUUACGAUUGGAGUAUUUUGCUUACGAAACUUUACAAGACUUGAGAAUCGCUAAACUUUUUGAGAUCAUUGUGGAUUAUCCCGACAGUGCUCCCGCGAUCGAAGAUUUGAAACAAUGUCUUGAAUACACCGGACAACACACAAAGCUAGUCGAUUCAUUCAUCUCGGCUCUGAGAUACAGAUUACUGACAGCUGGCGCGUCAACAAAUGAUAUCUUGCAUCAAUAUGUUUCAACUAUAAAAGCACUUAGAACAAUUGACCCCGCAGGAGUGUUUCUAGAAGCUGUAGGUGAACCGAUUAGGGAGUAUUUAAGAGGACGGAAAGAUACCAUUAAAUGUAUCGUGACUAUGCUUACUGACGGUACUGGCGGAAAUAAUAGCGGCCCGGGAAACGGAGACAGUCUCCUUGAAGAAUUAAAUAGAGAUGAAGAAAAUCAAGAAAGCAACAGUCUUGAUGAUGAUAUUAAUACUGAUGACAAGCAAACAUGGAUAGAUAUCCAACGGUGGGAACCGGACCCUGUUGAGGCCGAUCCAUUAAAGGGGAGUCGCUACAAAAGGAAAGUAGAUGUACUCGGGAUGAUUGUCGGUAUAAUUGGUUCAAAAGAUCAAUUAAUUAACGAAUAUCGUGUUAUGUUAGCUGAAAAGCUUCUUAACAAAACUGAUUACGACAUUGACACUGAAAUACGGACAUUAGAGCUUCUCAAGAUACAUUUUGGUGAAAGCAGCAUGCAGAAAUGCGAGAUCAUGCUCAAUGAUCUGAUUGAUUCGAAAAGAACAAACACAAAUGUAAAAGCCACCAUAAAUCAAUUAUCUCAAACAGGUGGCGACUCGCGGGAGCAUGAGGCUUCGUUUGAUAUACUUAAUGCUUCGGUUAUAUCUUCAAAUUUCUGGCCACCUAUCCAGGAUGAGGAUGUGAAAUUACCGGAGGCGGUUGACCGGCUUUUAAGUGACUAUGCUAAGAGGUUUCAUGAAAUUAAAACUCCCCGCAAGCUUCUAUGGAAGAAAAACCUUGGUACAGUGAAGUUGGAGUUGGAAUUUGAAGAUAAAACUUUGCAGUUCACAGUUACUCCUGUACAUGCUUCAAUCAUUAUGCAAUUUCAGGAUCAAAAAAGUUGGACCUCGAAGAAUCUUGCAGCUGCUAUUGGGGUCCCUGUAGACACACUUCAAAAGAGGAUAAACUUUUGGAUAAACAAGGGGAUUGUUGUUGAGUCAUCAGGUGCUGACUCAAACGACCACUUGUAUACGCUGGUGGAUGACAUGGCUGAUGGUGGCAAAUCCGUAACUAAUAAUGAGGCGUUGGGGGCAGACGAUGAAGCCGAAACAUCAGUGGCUUCAGUUGAAGAUCAGUUAAGAAAAGAAAUGACCGUGUAUGAGAAAUUUAUCAUUGGAAUGCUUAGAAAUGUCGGUAACAUGGGAUUGGAACGGAUUCAUAACAGUCUCAAGAUAUUUUGUGCAACUCCUCCUAUUUAUGACAAAUCAAUUCAACAACUGCAAAGCUUCUUGUCAGGUCUGGUUGCAGAAGAGAAGUUAGAACUUAGAGACGGUACGUAUCAUAUAAAGAAGUAAAUAACAAACUUUAGGAAAUGCUUUGCCAUAGAAAAUGAAAGAUACAGUAUCGACUUACUUACGGCAGCUAUUUUAGUCAAUAUUUGUAACUUUAUGUUGUUAAAAAAUUAGAAACAUGCAAUCUUUCAUGCUUUUCAGAUGACUUUGGUUUAUAAAACUUGGGUUGUGGCUCAAGUGAGUAAAUGUUUAGAUUCUUUUAGUAUAUUAUGUGGUGAUUUCUGUUUG